AGGGUGGUGUGGGGAAGGGAACGAGGAAAAGUACGUUGGUAGGACUUGAGUGAGCAAAGUUUGCAAGUCCGAACAGAAGGCAAAAGUGCUCCCGAGCGACCGACUCUGGGGAGGGGAAGGGGGAGCAAAGAAGAGCUUCUCUCUUCUGGUUCUUUUUUUUUUUUCUUUUCUUUUUUAAAAUCUCUUCACUCUUAUAAAAGCUUUCUCCUCACUCAAGUGCACCGGCAUAACUGGGACACUCUCCCUGUCCCGGUCCUGCGCUUGUUCUUUCCCCAUAACCACUCAAGAUUAUGUCAGUCGGUCAGAAGCGGCCAGUGAUUCCGUGCGGGUGCUGAAGGAGCUGCGGGAGCCUGUGAAGAAUGAAAGUGCGUGGGCAGCGCCUGGCCGCCGGCAGCUUCUUACUGGUGCUGAGUCUUUGGGGGCAGCCCGCAGAGGCUGCGGCCUGCCAUGGGUGUUCUCCUACAUCAAAAUGUGACUGCAGUGGUGUAAAAGGGGAAAAGGGAGAGCGAGGAUUUCCAGGUUUGGAAGGCCAUCCAGGUUUGCCUGGAUUUCCAGGUCCAGAAGGGCCACCAGGUCCUCGAGGACAAAAGGGUGAUGAUGGAAUUCCAGGGCCAACAGGACCAAAAGGAGUCAGAGGUCCUCCUGGACUUCCUGGAUUUCCAGGGACACCAGGUCUUCCUGGAAUGCCAGGCCAUGAUGGGGCUCCAGGAUCUCAAGGUGUCCCUGGAUGCAAUGGAACCAAGGGAGAUCGUGGAUUUCCAGGCAGCCCUGGUUUUCCGGGUUUACAGGGUCCUCCAGGGCCUCCUGGAAUCCCAGGUAUGAAGGGGGAACCAGGUAGUGUAAUCAUGUCAUCACUGCCAGGACCAAAGGGUAAUCCAGGCUACCCAGGGCCUCCUGGAAUACAAGGUCCAGCUGGUCCCAAGGGUAUAUCAGGGCCAAUUGGUCCCCCAGGACCUCCAGGCUUGAUGGGCCCUCCUGGACCACCAGGACCACCAGGACCAAAGGGGAAUAUGGGCCUAAAUUUCCAGGGACCCAAAGGUGAAAAGGGUGAGCAAGGUCUUCAGGGCCCACCUGGACCACCCGGACAGAUCAGUGAACAGAAAAGACCAAUUGAUGUAGAAUUUCAGAAAGGAGAUCAGGGAGUUCCUGGUGACCGAGGGCCUCCUGGACCUCCAGGGAUACCUGGUCCCCCAGGCCCUCAAGGAGGUCUGAAAGGUGAAAAGGGUGAGCCAGGAGAGCCAGGCAAAAGAGGAAAACCAGGGAAAGAUGGAGAGACUGGCCCACCAGGAAUUCCAGGUUUGCCUGGUGAUCCUGGUUACCCUGGUGAACCAGGAAGGGAUGGUGAAAAGGGCCAGAAGGGUGACAUUGGCCCACCUGGGCCUCCUGGACUUAUAAUUCCUACAACUGGGGCUGGAGUGACUGUGGGAGAAAAAGGCAGUAUUGGACUGCCUGGCUUGCCUGGAGAAAAAGGAGAGCGAGGAUUUCCUGGAACACAGGGUCCACCUGGCUUUCCUGGACCUCCAGGUACUGCAGUUAUGGGUCCUCCUGGCCCUCCUGGACUUCCUGGAGAAAGGGGCCAGAAAGGUGAUGAAGGUCCACCUGGCAUUUGUAUUCCUGGAUCUCCUGGACUUGAUGGGAAGCCUGGAGCUCCUGGCCUUCCAGGGCCUCCUGGCCCUCCUGGCCCUCAUUUACCUCCCAGUGAUGAGAUAUGUAAAGCAGGCCCUCCAGGGCCCCCAGGAUCUCCAGGUGAUAAAGGACUCCAAGGAGAACAAGGAGUGAAAGGUGACAAAGGUGACACCUGCUUCAACUGUUUUGGAACUGGUGUUUCAGGGCCUCCAGGCCAACCUGGUUUACCAGGUCUCCCAGGCCCUCCAGGAUCUCUUGGAUUUCCUGGAGAGAAAGGUGAAAAAGGCCAUGCUGGAGCAACUGGUCCCAAAGGAUUGCCAGGCAUACCAGGAGCUCCAGGUGCUCCAGGCUUUCCAGGAUCUAAAGGUGAUCCUGGUGAUGUCCUCACUUUUCCGGGAUUGAAAGGUGACAAAGGAGAGUUGGGUUCCCCUGGAGCUCCAGGGCUUCCUGGUCUACCUGGUACUCCUGGACAAGAUGGAUUGCCAGGACUUCCUGGCCCCAAAGGAGAACCUGGUGGAAUUACUUUUAAGGGUGAAAGAGGCCCUCCUGGGAACCCAGGUUUGCCCGGUCUCCCAGGGAGUAUGGGGCCUAUGGGCCCUCUUGGUUUUGGCCCACCAGGCCCAGUAGGUGAAAAAGGCAUACAAGGUGUGGCAGGAAAUCCGGGCCAGCCAGGAUUACCAGGUCCUAAAGGUGAUCCAGGUCAGACCAUAACCCAGCCUGGGAAGCCUGGCCUGCCAGGAAAUCCAGGCAGAGAUGGUGAAGUAGGUCUUCCAGGUGACCCUGGGCUCCCAGGCCAACCAGGCUUGCCAGGAAUACCUGGUAGCAAAGGAGAACCUGGCAUCCCUGGAAUUGGGCUUCCUGGAUCACCUGGUCCCAAAGGUUUCCCAGGAAUUCCAGGACCUCCAGGAGCGCCUGGGACACCUGGAAGAAUUGGACUACAAGGGCCUCCUGGGCCACCAGGCUUUCCAGGACCAAAGGGAGAGCCAGGAUUUGGUUUACCUGGGCCACCUGGGCCACCAGGAUUCCCAGGUUUCAAAGGAACACCAGGUCCAAAAGGUGAUCGUGGUUUCCCAGGACCUCCAGGUCCUCCUGGACGCACUGGCUUGGAUGGGCUACCUGGACCAAAAGGUGAUAUUGGACCAAAUGGGCAACCUGGCCCAAUAGGGCCUCCAGGCCUGCCAGGAUUCGGUGUUCAGGGUCCACCAGGACCACCAGGGACUCCAGGGCCAAUAGGCCAGCCUGGCUUGAAUGGAAUACCAGGAGAGAAGGGAGAUCCAGGGCCUCCUGGGUUUGAUGUUACAGGACCUCCUGGUGAAAGAGGUAGUCCAGGGACCCCUGGAGCACCUGGUCCUAUAGGGCCUCCAGGAUCACCAGGUCUUCCAGGAAAAGCAGGUGUUUCUGGAUUUCCAGGUACCAAAGGUGAAAUGGGUAUGAUGGGACCUCCAGGCCCUCCAGGACCUUUGGGAAUUCCUGGCAGGAGUGGUGUUCCUGGUCUUAAAGGUGAUGAUGGCUUGCAAGGUGAGCCAGGUCUUCCUGGCCCUGCAGGAGCAAAAGGUGGUAAAGGAGAGCCUGGACUUCCAGGGCCUCCUGGACCAAUAGAUCCAGAUUUCAUGGGUUCAAAAGGAGAGAAAGGGGAGCCUGGCUUACCAGGUAUACCUGGAAUUUCAGGACCAAAAGGCUUCCAGGGUUUGCCUGGAGACCCAGGGCAACCUGGACUGAUUGGACAACCUGGGUCACGAGGACUUCCAGGUCCCAAGGGUAACCCUGGUCUUCCUGGCCCACAAGGACUUAAAGGACCUCCUGGGCUUAAAGGAAACAUUGGUGAUAUGGGAUAUCCAGGCCCUCAAGGUGUGGAUGGGCCUCCUGGACCUCCUGGACUUCCUGGACAACCUGGCUCCCCAGGAUUACCUGGACAGAAAGGGAAUAAAGGUGAUCCUGGCAUUUCUGGCAUUGGCCUUCCCGGUCUUCCUGGUCCAAAGGGUGAACCUGGUCUGCCUGGAUAUCCAGGAAACCCAGGUACCAAAGGUUCUGUGGGAAAUACUGGUUUGCCUGGAUUGCCAGGCACCCCUGGAGCAAAAGGACAACCAGGCCUGCCUGGAUUCCCAGGAACCCCAGGCCUUCCUGGACCAAAAGGUAUCAAUGGUCCUCCUGGUAAUCCUGGUCUUCCUGGAGAACCUGGUCCUGUAGGUGGUGGAGGACAUCCUGGGCCACCAGGAGCUCCAGGUGAAAAAGGUAAACCAGGACAAGAUGGCAUUCCUGGCCCAGCAGGGCAGAAGGGAGAACCAGGUCAACCAGGCUUUGGAAUCCCAGGACCUCCUGGACUCCCAGGACUUUCUGGUCAAAAGGGUGAUGGAGGAUCACCUGGCAUUCCAGGAAGUCCUGGCCUUUCAGGUCCGAAGGGUGAACCAGGCUUUCAGGGUUUCCCUGGUAUGCCAGGUCCCCCAGGUCCUCUUGGUUCUCCUGGACCAGCUUUAGAAGGACCUAAAGGCAACCCUGGGCCACAAGGUCCUCCGGGGAGACCAGGUCCUCCAGGUUUUCAAGGUUUACCAGGUCCAGAAGGUCCCCGGGGUCUCCCUGGAAAUGGAGGUAUUAAAGGAGAGAGGGGAAACCCAGGCCCACCUGGGCAACCUGGCUUACCUGGUUUGAAAGGAGAUCAAGGACCACCAGGACUCCCGGGUAAUCCUGGACGGCCUGGACUCAAUGGAAUGAAAGGAGAUCCUGGUCUUCCUGGUGUUCCAGGAUUCCCAGGAAUGAAAGGACCCAUUGGAAUACCAGGCUCAACUGGCCCUGAUGGGGAACCGGGUCUUAUUGGGCCCCCAGGUCCUCCUGGAUUGCCUGGCCCUUCAGGACAGAGUAUUAUAAUCAAAGGAGAUGCUGGUUCUCCGGGGAUCCCUGGCCAACCUGGAUUGAAAGGUCCACCAGGACUUCCAGGCCCUCAAGGUUUACCAGGUCCAAUUGGCCCUCCUGGAGAUCCAGGACGCAAUGGACUCCCUGGCUUUGAUGGUGCAGGAGGGCGCAAAGGUGACCCAGGUCUACCAGGCCAACCAGGUACCCGUGGUUUGGAUGGUCCCCCAGGACCAGAUGGGUUGCAAGGACCUCCAGGUCCCCCUGGAUCCACCUCUGUUGCCCAUGGAUUCCUCAUCACACGCCACAGCCAGACAACAGACGCACCACAAUGCCCACAGGGAACAGUCCAGAUCUAUGAUGGCUUUUCUCUCCUAUAUGUACAAGGAAAUAAAAGAGCCCAUGGUCAAGACUUGGGGACGGCUGGCAGCUGCCUUCGUCGAUUCAGUACCAUGCCUUUCAUGUUCUGCAACAUUAAUAAUGUUUGUAACUUUGCUUCAAGAAAUGACUAUUCUUACUGGCUCUCCACCCCAGAGCCCAUGCCAAUGAGCAUGGAACCCCUGAAGGGCCAGAGUAUCCAGCCGUUUAUUAGUCGAUGUUCAGUAUGUGAAGCUCCAGCUGUGGUGAUUGCUGUACACAGUCAGACAAUCCAGAUUCCACAUUGUCCUCAGGGGUGGGACUCUCUGUGGAUUGGUUAUUCCUUCAUGAUGCAUACAAGUGCGGGAGCGGAAGGCUCAGGCCAAGCCCUGGCUUCUCCUGGUUCCUGUUUAGAAGAGUUUCGUUCUGCUCCCUUCAUUGAAUGCCAUGGACGGGGAACCUGUAACUACUAUGCCAAUUCCUAUAGCUUUUGGCUGGCCACUGUUGAUAUGCCAGACAUGUUCAGUAAACCUCAAUCAGAAACACUGAAAGCAGGAGACUUGAGGACACGUAUUAGCCGAUGUCAAGUAUGCAUGAAGAUGACAUAACAU